AUGUCCAGACAUUCCACACGAGACCACCUAGCUUCCUCGGAGUCAGGGGGUGCAGACAAGAAAAAUGACAAGUCAUCACCACCCGAAUUACCGUACACUGUCCUGUCGGAAAAGGACAAGAUCUCUACGAUUCUAAUUGCUUCAUUUGCUGGAUUCCUUUCCCCAAUAUCUGCCAGCAUUUACUUUCCGGCACUCAAUACGCUUGCCGAUCAUCUCAAUGUCUCCGCAACCGAAAUCAACCUUAGCAUCACGGUGUAUAUGAUAUUUCAAGCAUUGGCUCCGACCUUAGUCGGAAGCUAUUCAGAUAACAGAGGCCGUCGGCCGGCCCUUCUUAUCUGUUUUACAAUCUAUAUAGGGGCCAAUAUAGGCCUCGCGUUGCAACACUCUUAUCCCACUCUGAUGAUAUUGCGCUGCCUUCAGAGCUCCGGGAGCAGCGGGACUCUCGUUAUCAGCAGCGCCGUGACUGCUGAUCUGGUGACUCGCGCGGAACGUGGAAAGUACCUGGCAUACUCUUCCAUGGGCGCCACAGCAGGGCAAGCCUUAGGUCCUGUGAUUGGGGGUCUCAUCAUUCAAUUUUCAAAUGCGCAAUCGAUAUUUUGGUUUCUUACUGCAUUUGCAAGUUUCAUGGUGGCAGUAGUGCUUCUAUUUUUGCCAGAGACCAGUCGGCCAGUCGUUGGCAAUGGGACAAUAUCACCACAAAAAUGGAACCACCGUGUUCUAGACUUGGUAUAUCCACGACGGGCAGGACAUAAACAGAAAGUCGCCGGUGGUGACACACGUCCGCCUUUAAAACGCCGCCCCAGCCCCUUGGAGACAUUCAAAAUCUGCGGUGAAAAAGAGACAGCGAUCAUCCUCCUCUUCAUCGCCCUGCUAUUCUGCGGAUACGCUACGGCACUGAGUACGCUUCCCUCGCAGCUAGAAAGGAAAUAUGGCUUUAAUUCCCUCCAAAUCGGCCUUUGCUGCCUCCCGUACGCCUUCGGCAGCUUAACAUCUCGUUGGACGGUCGGCUUUCUCACAGACUGGAACUUCCGACGCCAUGCCCAUCGCUUAGGUAUUAAGAUAGUAAAAAAUCGGCAGACCGAUCUUGCCGAACUCCCGGUAGAACUAGCCCGGCUUCAGAUCACACUUCCGUUGGUCUGUAUCUCUUCAGUCUUCAUCGUCACGUAUAGCUGGGUGAUGGCAUAUGAGACUAAUCUUUCCGGCCCGCUGAUCAUGUUGUGUCUUGCUGGGCAUGCAAUGUCUGGUGCGAUCAAUACACUUAUCACUCUUCUUGUAGAUUGCCACGUCCAAAGACCUGCCACUGCUAUCGCUGCUAGUAAUCUCUUUCGUUGUCUAAUUGGCGCUGGAGCUGUGGCGGCUGCUACGCCACUUAUCAAUGCCAUUGGAAUCGGGUGGGCCGGGACGGUGUUAGCUCUUAUAUGGGUAAUUCUUGCUCCUUUACUUUGGGCGGCUAUGAAGCGGGGGCAUGGGUGGAGGAGAGAAGAAAAGAGGAAGAGGGAUGAGGGUGCGAUAUUGGGCAACGCAUAA